AGAUGAUCACAGCGCAUGCCCACAUCGUCACAUGUGGAAAGGAGCACCUUCCUGACUCUGAGCAGGGUGGGCAGAGAGCGAAGUCUAUAAAAAACGUGAUCGGUUCGGAUUGGGUCGGCAGGAAUGGCUGCAGGGUCUGAAGAGAAACUGCAGCUGGUGCAGAGACACGUCCGAGCUUUCCCAGACUUCCCAAAGAAAGGGAUCCUGUUCAGGGAUAUUUGUCCCAUCCUGAAGAGUCCGGCUGCUCUGACGGCAGUCAUCGACCUGUUCGAGGAACACGUGAGGAGCCAUGGCUGGCAGGUGGAUCUGAUCGUAGGUUUGGACGCACGUGGGUUCCUGUUCGGGCCUCUGCUCGCCCAGAGGCUGGGUGUCGGCUUUGUUCUGGUCAGGAAGAAGGGCAAGCUGCCUGGAACCACUCUCUGCGUGGCCUAUGAUUUGGAGUACGGCACGGCAGAAGUAGAGAUCCAGGAGGAUGCAGUGGCUCCCGGGCAGAAGGUUGUGAUUAUUGAUGAUCUUUUAGCUACAGGAGGAACCCUGCAUGCAGCUUGUGAGCUAAUGAAGAAGCAGCGGGCUGAGAUUCAGGGCUGCAUGGUGGUCAUCGAACUCAAAGAUUUGAAGGGAGUUGAUCGUCUGAAACCACAUGGCGUGUUCUCCCUCCUUCAGUACUGAGUCCCACUGCAGCUGCCUGUUUGGUUUACAGGGACCCGGUGCUGUCCUGGUAAUUGAAGCCAAGCAAACAGGAAUGCCUGAGAUAACAAAUCAGAGUGUUCUAGGAUAUGUCCGACCGUUGUGUCUGAGCUGAUGCCUUACCCAGCAUCCUUUUGGAUAGUGAAAGGGACUCUAACUUACUCUAAUCAAGUGGUUAAAUGUGUGCUACUGAAAAUCAGGAUAGAUCGGAAAAAACAGUAAUCUAUAAAAGGCAUAUUUCAGUUUUUUAAACUAUACCAAUUUCUGUUUUUUUAUUUUAUUUAGGACCAAAGCAUCCUCCUUUGUUGUGCAUAUAAGGUUUUAUUCUGUUUAGACAUUUUGCACAUCUCAACUGUCUCUUCAGCCUGGCCCGUGUGACGUAGAAGAAGACCAAACAACCUCUUUAUCUGUAAGGCAUAAAAGAAAAUGACUUGAUGAUUUCAGGCCUAACCCAUGCAUUGCUGUGCUUGUAAUAUGACUGAAUAAUUCUGUAUAAUUUCUGCCUCGGAUCAAUUCAUAUUUUUAGUUCAAUCUGGAUUUUGAAGAUAUUUCUCAAUCAAACUCAUAAGCUAUUUUUAUGAGCCACUUUUGACCUAGAUUGCUGAUUUGAUUCAUGGGUUCACAAUCACACAGAGACGCACCGAUCAGACAUUUGUGAUCUCUGGUUUUUGUGAAACUUUGACCAGCUGAUACUGACUCUUGCUGAUUCCGAUUUUUCUUCAAGAAUUGUAAUAGAAGAUUGUUUAAUAUAUUGUGAGAUAUAUGACCCAUACUGAUUAAAACAGCCAGCUUUUUUCCCCUGUAUUUCUUUAAAACAA